ACUGUCAUCUCAAUUAUAUAUUUCCAUUUAUUUAUUUAGAAAUGUUGGACAGUUGAGACUUUUCUUUGAUUCGAUGAUAACAACUCGGAUUGAGCACACACUGAUUCGCCCUUUCUCUCUCACACAUUCAAAAAACAACACAACAGAGGAGAUAGAAUAAAAGACUCCGGCGACAGAAGAACAAGAAAAUAACACAGAAAAUUCAUUCUUUCACUCUCUACUUUCCUUUUUACCAAAAUGUUUAUAAUUUUUCAAUUUCUGGAAAACCUGAGGAUCAGACGAAUUGUCCGAAUUGAUUAAACCCUAGCGCGACGGCGAGGUUUGUGUCGCGGAAUCCACGGCAGCGGGUUUGACGCCGGAGAUGGGAUUACGACGCCGUUUAGUGCGGCUUCGAUUUCUUCGUGUUUCUGUGGAGUUUUGCUUUCUCAUCGUUCAACAUUUCGAUUGUUCUACACUUGAAGACAUUUCAGAUUAAUUUUUUCCGCCUCGGAGUUGAUUGACUGCGGCAGAGAUGAUGAUGAAGGGCGGUUGGUGGUGGGAGAAGGUGCGGAGAGGAGUGAGGACGGUUUAUUUCAUGGUGGCGAUGGUUUCGUCGCUGCUCGUGGUGGCGUUGCCGGUGGUGGUGGCGAUCGUCGACGCCGUUUUGCCGUGUUUGUUAAUAUCUAGCUUUACGUGCGUCAAAUGCUAUAGCUUUAGGGAACAUUUGCAGAGAUACGCCUUCAAGAGCUCGCUUGUGGAUAUUCCUCUUGUUUCCAUUAUCAGAUCUCUCGUUAUCAUCUGUGUAUAUACAAUGUGCGAUGGCCCGGCACUGUCACAUGGUCCCUAUCUAGGAACUGUAACAAUAUGCUCAUUUGUGUCAAUACUUGUUCUUUCCAUCAAGGCUUGUGUAUUCACUGUUCAUGCUCAACUUGAGGGUGUAGCAUCAGCUUCUCUUUCAAGGAAGAGGCUCCAUCUGAAGAAAUCUUGGGGAAUGCCCGUUUUGUUUCUCUCAUCUGUUGUGUUUGCUCUAGGCCACAUUGUUGUAGCGUAUCGUACAAGUUGCAAAGCUAGAAGGAAAUUCAGUUUUCACCGUGACCCAGAGGCGGUGCUUUCUUGCAAAAUGAUUUUCUCUGGUUACCAGAAGGCUCCACGAUCACCCACUCCUGUAGGGAAAUCCUUCCGAAGUGAAAGUGCCACAAGGAGAAGAGCACCAGGAUUGGCACAUGAUGAUGGGGAAUUUCCAGUCAGUUUACUUGCUGACAAGGACAGUUUAUUCCUUUCUUGUCUUGGGCUAACGGUUCAUUACAAGAUACACAUGCCAGGAUCACCUUCACGUUCUUUGUCCUCCACUACACUUUUUGACGCUCCGUCAUUAAGCAUUCCACUGAAAACCCAUUAUAGUCUUCAUAGGAGUAUCAGUAACCAGUUCUAUGGUACCCUUUCACCGCUUGAUACUCCCCUCUUGGCGAGCACUCCAACAUCCCCAAUAUCCGAGGACGUGCCUGUUUUGAGCUUGCAUGAGUCUUUCGAGGAGGAUGAACUCAGCAAGCUAGGGUCUCCAAUGAUGGAAAGAAAUGGGGAUGCGAUCGAACAUUGUGGGAUUGUUUUAGUCCACGGAUUUGGAGGAGGAGUCUUCUCAUGGAGAAAGGUAAUUGGCGUUCUUGCUGGACAAGCAGGUUGUCCUGUUGCUGCUUUUGAUAGACCUGGAUGGGGUUUGACAUCAAGGCCAAGGAAGAAGGAUUGGGAGGAAAAUCAGUUACCUAAUCCUUACAAGCUCGACAAUCAGGUGGAUCUGCUACUUUCUUUUUGCAAGGAGAUGUUUUCCUCAGUGGUACUAGUUGGCCACGAUGACGGAGGAUUACUUGCCCUGAAAGCUGUGCAGAAACUUCGGUCAUCAGCAAAUCCUGUGAAUCUGGAGAUAAAGGGGGUCAUAUUGCUGAAUGUAAGUUUGUCAAGAGAACUAGUUCCUGCCUUUGCUAGAAUACUGUUACGGACUUCUCUAGGAAAAAAGCACAUGGUGCGUCCUCUUCUACGGACAGAAAUCACUCAAGUAGUGAAUCGGCGAGCUUGGUAUGAUGCCACCAAACUAACCACUGAAGUCUUGAGCCUGUAUAAGGGCCCAUUACAUGUGGAGGGUUGGGAUGAGGCCCUUCACGAAAUUGGUAAACUAUCAUAUGAAACAGUCUUACAACCGCAGACUGCGGCAUUGAUGCUCAACGCUGUUGAGACAUUGCCAGUUUUGGUUAUUGCAGGGGCAGAAGAUGCCCUCGUCCCUUUAAAGUCUGUUCAGACUUUGGCUUCAAAACUAUUAAAUUCUAGAAUGGUGGCCAUAUCUGGUUGUGGCCAUCUUCCACACGAGGAAUGUCCGAAGGCAUUGCUCGCAGCCAUAUCUCCAUUCAUUAGUAAGCUUUUACUAAGACCAGAAUUGCAAAGGCAAUAGGUCUGCUUGGUCAUAUUUGAUGUAGUUGGUAGUUAGUUUUGUGUUUUCAUCCCCAAAUUUGUUGUAAAUUUUCUCCAUGAGGAAGAAGCCCAAGUUCUGCUCUCCUUUUGGAUGUGCUUUUGAUCUGUUAAUUGAAAUUUGUUUUAGUGUU